AUGGAAGAUGCUUUGUUGCGCACAUCAAAACAGAUGAAAAGUGUACUGGAAGGGAAUAGUAACGAUCCAGAAGGAUCUCGGGACACUGAUGAUGAAGAAAUUGAAAGUUCGGCCGAUGAAAAAUCAGAUGCAGAAUGUGCAGAUAUAGGUGAAGCAGGAAAAAUGCUUGCUGAAAGUGAUAAUGCGAAACAAGAAGACUUCAGUGGUUCUUUUUCAAAUGACAUCACUGCUGAAAAAAGCGAAGUCGUCAGCCGAAAGCAGAAUCUUAACAAAAGAAAGAGGAAGAUGCCAGCGCAUUGGGCAGCUAAAGUUUUUGCCAAACGCCACGAACAAUUUUCAUCGUUUAGAUUGUCAACACUAUCGAAAUGGGAUGAACGAACAACGCUUAUUGGCGUUAAUGCCGUCAAAAAUAAGAAAAAUGAUUUUAGUGGAUUUGAAUCUGUUGUUCUGAAACAAAUUGAACAGAUAAUGAGUGAUAAACACCGUUUGUUGCGGCGAACUCAGAUGAAACGUUGCGAUGUUGAUCGAAUGGGAGCCACAGAAGAUAGCACUUAUGACGCUGAGAUAUUCGAUGAUAAUGAUUUCUAUCAGCUGCUAGUAAAGGAAUUGAUUGAAAGGAAAUCAUCUGGCAUAGUAGACCCCGUUGAAAUGAGCAGGCAAUGGUUGGAAGUACAGAAUCUGCGGCAAAAACGUUUCAAAAAGAAGAAAAUUGAUCGGAAAGCUUCCAAAGGUCGCAAAAUACGUUACGUUGUGAUACCACAGCUAGUGAAUUUUUUCCCCUCAGUACCAGAAACUGUAAAAUGGAGCCACGAAAGCAGAAAUCAACUCUUUAAAUCUCUCUUUACAUGAGA